AGGAAAAAGAAGACGAUGAUGAUGAUUAUGAUGAUGAUGAUGACUACGACGAUGAUGAUUAUGAUGAUAAUGAAGAAGAAAAAAAAUAUGAUGAUGAUGAUGAUGACGACGACGACGACGAUGACCCUAUUCAUCUUCAUACAGCUCAAUACAUGCAAAUCCUACAAGAAGUGUUCCUAAAGACCAUCAGCUGCAAGGCCCAGCAGCAAGAAAGAUUGGCGGCCAAGCAAGCUACAAAGACUGCAACGACUACAUUGGACGAGGAACGAAUCAAACAAAUGAUCAACGAGGCAAAACAAGAUAUCUUAAGGGAGCUGCAGGGAGGCAAACCUGAUAAGAAUCAAGCAACAGGUGAGCAUACAAGUGUUUCAGAUCAAAACGAACAGGCUUAUUUUGAAGAGAUAGAGCAGAUGAUCGAAGAAUUCAAGCGAAAACUUAAAGAUCAGCUGAAAAUAAAAGGGGUCGUGGACAAGAUCAAACAUCACUUACAGGGUGAGUGCCCCCUUAUUAUUCUAAAAGUUGACAAGAUGAUGGAUGGAUCCAGAUGGGAGGAGAUAAGAAAGGCUUUGAGCCUGUUAGAAUGCAGUGCCGAUGCACUGAUCUUCACCACAGAGAGCACCGAACAGGCUAAAGGAUAUUGCUAUCCACCAAGAGAACCUAUAGACUAUUCUCUUGUUGGUUUAUACCAUUAUACAGUGCUUGAGAUAACUAGCAAGCAGAUAAAUGAAGACAACUAUAACCCCCAGAUUUUUCGUGACAUCUUGGAGAAGUGUGAGGGGCAUGAAUUCUGCAUGAAGAUCUUCACUCAUGCUCUCUAUGCUAACCCCAAGAGGAGCAAUAAAGAGUUAAGCAAGCUACACAGCACCUUGCAGGCUUCACAUAAAUCACUUGACGCCAUAGCUAAGACGAUGUUCAUGUACUCUUACAAUGAUCUGCCUAAAGAAUACAAGUCCUGCUUGUUGUACCUAGCUAUCUUCCCCAAGGGUGAGAAGAUUAGGCGGUCAACCUUGGUUGGACGGUGGGUUGCAGAAGGGUUGACAUUCAGGGAAGAUUGGCCCAGUUCAGUGCGUCAGGCUAACCGAUGUUUUGAUGCCCUCAUCUGUCGAUGGCUUGUUUGUCCUGCUGAUAUUGGUGCCACAGGAAAGAUCAAGAGCUGUGUGGUAGGUGAUCCAGUUCAUGGGUUCAUUACCACAAUUGCCAAAAAACAACACAUUAUGCAUACACGCCUAUCACAUCACUUGGCUCGUCAUUUCUCCAUUUUCAAUGAUCUCCAAGUCCGUAGCUCUGAUAGAAUUGACACAUUCUUCCAAAACCUCUCACGAUCAUCUCAAGUAUCCCUACUUAAGGUGCUAGAUCUAGAAAGUUGUCAGUGCUUUGGUGGCAAGAACCAGCGGUACCUCAAGGACAUCUGCAGCAAGAUGUUACUGCUCAAGUAUCUGAGCCUAAAGGGAACAGAUAUUACCCAGCUGCCCAGUGAAAUCAACUAUCUCAGUGAGCUAGAGGUAUUGGAUAUCCGAGAAACCAAGGUGCCUGCAAAUGCAACAGUUAAAGUCCUGCUCUUGAAGUUGAAGCGUCUACUUGCUGGUCACAUUGAUCCAAGUCCAAGUAAUUUUGGCAGUAGUGUUCGGAUUCCUCGCAGGAUAGACAAGAUGAUAAACAUAGAGGUAUUAUCUAAUGUCAAGGCCCAACGCCAUGAUGAUUUGGAAGAUAUUGGAAAGCUAUGGCAGCUGAAGAAGCUAGGUGUGGUUAUUGAUAAGAAAAGUCACCUUGUGAAUUUGCUUAAAGCAAUCAGUGACCUACAUGAGUGCCUGCUUUCUCUGUCAAUCACUAUUCCCACAGCCACACCCGAGGGUUCUCCUUCAAUCCUAGAGUUACCAGAUGAUAUUGGCUCUUGCCUAAGACACCAUGCCAAUAUUCUUGAGAGUCUAAGCAUCAGCGGAGCCAUGCAUCUUUUUCCAUUAUUGACCAAAGGUGGCAAUAACAAGCUUGCCAAGGUAACUCUAUGUAGCACACCACUGAACCAAGAUGAUCUGGAGGUCCUCGCCAAGCUACCCAAGUUACAGUGUGUUAGGCUCCAACACAUUUCAUGCACAGGGAGCGUGCUCAUCUUCAAGGAAGAUGAUUUCAAAUGUCUCAAGUACCUUCUUAUUGAGGGUUUUAACUUGACUAAUGUCACUUUUGAGGAUGGAUCAGCCUGUGAGCUCGAGAAGAUGGUUUUAUCUUCCACCACCAUAGAGUCUAUCUCUGGAGUUGAUGGGCUUCCAAAAUUCGAAGAGCUUGAGUUGAACAACAGCCCUGUCCCGAAUGAGGUGAAAGAAGCCAUUGAAAACAAUAAACGGAUAAAUCUUAAAUGUAAUGAACCAUGAACUCAAGACCAGGCAAAACGGAGAUGAACAAGAGGAUGAAGACAAUGCUGCAACAUCCUCAUUCUGCUGGAAGAAACAGGUUUGUCGCCAGAGGUGCAUAUCUCCUUUGAUCCUAUGGUGUGGUUUGUGCGUGCUAGUGUGGAUUGCCAUCCGCUGCUUGUCUGUUUUAUUUCUUUCUGCUGUGCGUGUCUUUAUGUUCUGCAUGAUGUAAUAAUUCUUGCUGUACCCUGUUUUUUCUUCCUUACUGUGUUUUGCUUAUUUUCCUAGUUCGAGUCAGUGUAAGCUCGAGGCUUGCUUGUUCAAGCCGGAGCGAGUCCUUAGCAAGUUGGCACGACAUGCACUGGCGUGUGGGAUGGCACACGAUUCAGCGGGCAUGGUGGCCAAGUUAGUUGUGUCGUUGGUGCGGCACGCCCCGACGUGCGCCA